AUUAAGAUCUGUAGACCAAUGUCCCAAAAGGGUUUAAAACUUCCCAGAAGACUCAUGCUUCAAUGCCCAGCCACUCAUUGUGAAACUGCUUGCGUUAGCAAAAGGAAAUGACUACAUGUACAGAAGUGUGAUCUCUAUUGUCACUUAGACCAUUUUCAUUUAACAGUUAUACAACCUCUUCAAUCAGACCUUGAGAUGGAGCUGUCCAACUCAACCAGCAGCUAUGAGGACUAUUAUGAUUACAACGAUACUGAAGAUAACUUAAUCAAAAUGUGUGAAGUUGAUGACUAUAAACUGACCACAGCCGUCUGCUACGCCGUGGUUUUCUGCCUCAGCAUCCUUGGAAAUGGCUUCCUCAUUUGUGCACUCACCUGCUACGAAGACCUGAAAAGGGCCACUAACCUUUUCAUGUUCUGUUUAGCCCUUUUCGAUCUUCUGUUCACACUGACGCUGCCUUUCUGGUGUGUGGAGUUUCUUCAUCACUGGGUUUUUGGUGACGUCGCCUGCAAGAUCAUGAUUGGUGCCUAUUUUGUGGGAAUCUACGGAAGUCUUAUUCUUCUUACAGCCAUGACCCUUGACCGUUUUGUUGUUGUGGUAGUGAGAAGUUAUUGGCUAACACGAAGUCGAAGGCUCAAAUGUUCAAAAGCUGCCUGUGUUGGUGCAUGGAUCAUAAGUUUGAUUGCUUGUCUGAGAGAUUCAAUAGCCUCAAAGGCACAAAAUGAGCAUAUCCACACCUAUGCUUGUAAAAGCACAAAUACGGAAGAUGAUAAAGUGGGAUAUUAUUCACAACUCAUUCUGCUGUUCCUCAUACCAUUUGCCAUCAUUGUUUUCUGUUAUACCAAAAUCAUUCUAACUCUCAUGUCAACGUCGACCAGGCAGAAACACAGGACUGUGAUAUUGGUGCUGUGUAUUGUUAUAGCUUUCUUUAUAUGCUGGGGGCCGUAUCAUAUCAUCAUCGUGUUGAUGUCCAUUUAUGAAUUUGAUGCCUGCAAACAUUAUCAUCUGCAUGUCACGUUUGUUGUCUGCAGAAUUCUGGCAUUUUCUCACUGCUGCAUGAACCCAGCUCUGUAUAUUCUCAGAGGGAAGUACAGAAAUCUCUUGUCCAGCUUUUUGUUCUGCUCUCCUGAACUCAGGCAUUCGGGGCCCUACAGAGGACCCACGGAUCCCAGCGACUCCAGGAUUCAUCCGUACAUGAAUGAAGAAGCUAUUGAAAACUGUGUAGUGAGACAAACAAACGCCACAGAGCUGGUAACGCUGUAAAAAUGCAGAAUGCGAACAUUUAUACAACAUUGGAUCUAUUUAUACCCAGAGAAACAUUUUAGUACAUUUAGUUAUGUGUAACUUUUUCCCCCCCUAAAAUGACUUUAGAGAAGUAAAAUAUAUUCAAAUUUGUUGAAUUUGGUAUAACCAUUAAGUAAUCUGUAUAUAUAUAUAUAUAUAUAUAUAUAUGAUUAUUAAAACUAACAAAUUAUUAUUGAAACUAAUUAUUAUUUUAUUAAAUAUUUAAUUAUAAUGAUUAUAAUAAUAAUUAAUAUGUAUAUUUAAUAAUAAAAAAUAUAUAUUUACAUAUUUUAUUAAAAAUAAUCUUUUUUUAUCAUAUUUGAAAGAGCGAAACUCUUAUGGAUGUGUAUUAAUGUUUAUUUAAAUUUAUUUACAUUUUUAUAUUAUUUGAAAAAGCAAAACAAACUUUUGCACUCUUUCUAUUAGAAAUGUAAAGAAUUGUAGUGGAAAUUAUUUGUGUUAUCCCUACUGUGUUCAGGGAUUUACUUUAAGAUGAAUUUAUCUGUUAAAGAAGAUGUGUGUUAAUGCGUUUGGUGGUAAAGAGUGGGCUGGGCGCUCAUGUGACUGAAGGGUGAAACAUGCAGAACAUUGAUUUCUUCAGUGUCUCUAUGACAGACAAGUCAUAUAUUUUAAGGAUCAAUCACCACAACAAUCGAGGUAUUUCUUGUUUUACAACUUUAUUUCAUUCUCUCUUUGCUUGUAUUUCCAAUAGCUUUAAAGAAAAUGUUCAUUUAAAAAAUUCUGUCAUUAUUUAGUUUCUCAGAAGUACCACAGCAUUGGAGUACCACAACAAAUCCUCUGAAGACAAUCUAUAGCUUUGUAUAAGUACUUAGUUUGUAUUUUUCACAAAAUCAGUGUAUAUUUUCUGUUCCGGAUGGCUUUAAAAGAUUUGCAAUUUAGUUGUAUUUUAUAGUGCUUUUUGAUCAUUAUAAAUAGUCAGUGCAUGGAAGAGAAUUGUGUAAAGAUUCUACAAAACGUAUAAUUUUUUUGAUUCUUGUAAAAAAAAAAAACAGCAUUAACAUUACAUACAGUUCAUUAGUGAAUAAAUAAGUGAAUAAUGA